UACAUCGACUCCUAAAACAGUUUCGAGGUGAAUUGGUGACAUACACACCAUGUCUAGAAGAGGUGGUAGUCUCGAUACCUCUCAUAAUGAUAACGAGGGAUCUCUAGAUUCUACGGCUAGAAGCAAAUGGCACCCUGAUAUAGGUGAUUCAAAAGGUGGUCCAUCCCGAAUUCCUAAUAACAGAAUUUCUCUGAACUUAGCAGAAUGGGUUCAUAAUAAGGGGAGCUUCGAGAGUAGAGAGAAUUUUGAAAGUGAGAGUAGCUCCAAUACACCGAAAAUUGAACAAGAUUUCCUUUUGAAACAAUCCGAAGAGUACCAUAGAGAACAUACGAGGAAGGCAAUUGCAAGGGGAGAUAUUCGUCUUAGGAAGGGGGUGAACGUUGUACGACAUUUUCCUCUCGGUUGUGGAAGAAAUGCUGCACCGAUAAGUGAUGAGGAACGUAAGAGAAUACAACAAGACUGGAUUGAAGAACAAAAGAGAAAAUCUCAGGAGGAAGAGGAUCCAUUAAUGUGCCCGGAUCAAGACAAUGAGGAACCUAAAGAUGUUUAAUACUUUAGUUGAAGUUGUAUUGUCAUAAAUAUAGGCAAGUGUCGUUUAAGGGAAAAUGUAGUAGUUACCUGUGUAAAGGAGUUAGGAGUGGCUUUUAUUUUGUAUGACUCGAACGGAAUGUAAAAUAGUAGUUUAAAUAAUUGGAUAUGUCUGGGAAUCUUUUAGUAUAACAGAGAUAAAUUGGUGAUAUAAUUGUUGAGGAAAGUU